CCUCAUCCUCUCUCUCUCUCAGUCAUCCUCUCCCGCCGUGGUGCUGAGCCUGCGACGUUGGAUGGAAAAAAAAAACUAAAAACUAAAAACCGCCCUCUCCGCUCCAGCCAACGGACGCAUAAUUUGGAAGAGGAAUAACUCAAGGCCCAGCUUUGUCUCAUAUAAUCCUGGUAGAAGCACUGAGGAGCAGCAGAACGUCCACAGAAUCAGCUGAUUUUGGUGUGAAAACGUUGGGAUGACCUGAUCUCAUUGGAAAAUCUUUAUAUAGGAUAAACAUCAAGGAAGGAAGAAACACUGAAGCACAGCAGAGAGGAGACGAAGAGCCAGAACAGGCAGACGCUGAAGGAGGAAGACAUGCCAGGACUCUCUGCUCUGAUUGAGCUCCAUCGCACCAGCUCACCUAAGACUCCAUUCAAACACUGGAAAACUGUUCAACUCCACAGAACGACACGCUGCAGAAAGCUGAAAUACUGCAGUCAUUCAUUCAUUCAUAUUAGAACCACAACAACAACCAUUUGAAGAUUCCUCUGAGGGUCUGUCCAUUUGACUCGGUCACAGCUGAAGCUCAGGAUGAAGACGAUCUGUGUCGCGUCACGCUGCAGUCCGACCAGAUAUGACGUAACACGGGUCCCCUGCUAAUCGCCACGAUGCUGAGACUGGCAUUGUAAAGCCUUCACCCCUUUUUCAGACCAUCCUCCUCUCUGGAAAUCCUUCCUUUUCUCCUGCAAACACAUCCUCCUUUCCUGUCUCUUAAAUAUAACUUCCCUACCUUCUCAUUUCCUUCUGUUGGCAUCAUGCAGGGUGUUCCUCCCACCUCCACUCUCCUCUUUCUCAUUCUCCCCUCCCUCCUAUUUUUCUCCUAUUUCCCCAACCUGGUCAGUGGGGACUGCUGGCUCAUUGAGGGGGACAAAGGCUAUGUGUGGCUGGCGAUAUGCAGCCAGAACCAGCCGCCGUACGAGACCAUCCCCCAGCACAUCAACAACACGGUGCACGACCUGAGACUGAAUGAGAAUAAGCUGAAAGCCGUGCUCUUCAGCUCCAUGUACCGCUUCACCAACUUGACUGACCUCAAUCUCACCAAGAAUGAAAUCAGCUACAUCGAGGACGGAGCCUUUGCAGGACAAGCCAACCUACAGGUUCUUCAGCUGGGCUACAACAAGCUAACAAACCUGACAGAGGGGAUGAUGAGAGGACUCGGCCGCAUGCAGUGCCUCUUCCUGCAGCACAACCUCAUUGAAGUCAUCGCCAGCAAUGCAUUCUGGGAGUGCCCGAGCCUCAGCAGCAUUGACCUGUCGUCCAACAAACUUGCGCGCAUCGACCCGUCCACGUUCACGGUUCUCAGCCGCCUGAUGGUGUGUGAACUGGCAGCCAAUCCUUUCCACUGCGGCUGUGAUCUUUACAGCUUCCUCACCUGGCUGGAGUUCUUCAACAAUGUCUCGCACACCUACGACCGUCUCCAGUGUGAGACGCCGCGGGAGAUGUUCGGCUUCCCCCUUCUGAGUCCCAUCGCUGCUGGUCAUGCUGGUCGGAAUGCCAAGAACAUUUUGUACCACCACUGCCGGGAUGGUGUGAUGAUUCCAGGAAUGACUUCUCUCCCGCCAGAUCUGGAUGGACCUUCUGGGAUCGGACCGGAGAUGUUCGGUGGCGUUGGUCCUUACCACCAGCCCACCACCUCCUCCUCAUCUACUGAGGACAGCUUCAGUCCCAGCAUCAAGCUCCAUCACGUGUCUUUGUCGUCGGCCUCUCUCCUGGUGAAGAUUCCGAGGCCAUACACCAAAAUGUACAUUCUGACACAGUACAACCACACGUACGUAUCUGAUGUUAUGAACUUGAAGAACAAGAAGGAGAUGAUCACCCUCAACAAGCUGAAGCCGCACAACAACUACACCUUCUGCGUAGCAUCCAUCCGAAACUCUCAGCGCUACAACCACACAUGCCUCCAGUUUUCCACUCGGGGUCAAAAUGUAGAUGAUACGCUUCCCACGCCUUCCACCACCACUCACUACAUAAUGACCAUUGUGGGCUGCCUUUUUGGCAUGCUCAUUGUUUUGGGCUUUGUGUACUAUUGUCUACGUAAGAAACGGAUGCAUGACGAGAAGAAGAAGUCCAUCUGCGUCAAGAAAACUAUCCUCGAAAUGCGCUACGGGCCAGAGGUGGCGGCAGCGGUGGCUAACGAUCCAUCAGCAGUCCACAAGCUUCAGGAACAGUCCAGAGAACAUCACCAGUAUCAGCAUCACCACGGAGGAAAAAUGCCCAUGUCCACAUCCUCUAGCUCGGGGAUGCUCCACUCAGCCAACACCACCUCCUCUAGACUCUCCUCUAUCCCACAAGUGGAAAAGAUGGCCACUGCGUUUUCAGAGGCCAUGGCUACGAGUAAAGGAAACUACAUGGAUGUCAGGACUGGAGGGGCAGGGAUGGAGAGGGUGGUAGAUGGAGGCCAUGUAGGGAUGAGGGGGGACGACUUGAGGGAUGACGAUGGAACCGAUCUUGGCGAUGACUCCGAUGAUGAUGGACAUGGCUCUGCAUCAGAGAUCUCUACCAUUGCCAUGGAGGUGGACAAGGUCAACCAGAUUAUUAACAACUGCAUCGACGCACUGAAACUGGAUGCAGCAGCAGUUGCAGCUUCGGGGGCUUCUACCAACCCCACAGCUUCCUCAAACCCAACCUCCCCACCACCCACCAGCACAUCCUCCCUUACUCGUGGCCUGAUCCCGCUCUCUCAAGGGGUGACAGAGACAUGCCAGGUCAUGGCACCCAACAAAAUACCCCCUCCACCUCCACUCCCUGCCCUGAACGCCCCCCUCUCUGAGCGCCCAGGGAUCAGUGGUGGUGGCUUCGUCAUCACUCCUCCCUACAGGCCGCCUCCUCCCGCCACUGCUGUACGUCCUAUUCAGCGGCAGAUGAGUGCGGACGCAGCUGUGGUUAUUGUAAAUGCUGUGAAGAAACAGUGCAGCACCACAUCUUGUGGCUCCAUGGGUCGAGACAGGGAACGUGGUGGAGCCAGGGUGUAUAGUCUGGAUGUUCCUGAGCCGAGGAGUCCAGACGCCUGUAAUCAGCAGCAGCAGCAGUAUUCUGACCGGGCCAGUCCAGUGGGCUGUGGGGAGCCCCUGGAGAGGCUGCCUUUGGUCGGGAGUGGGAGCUGUGGUGGAGGGGGUGGUGGUUGCGACAGUGGUGGUGUUGGUGCCCAACAUCAGGACAACCAGAUGACGCACCAUUACCAUCAGCAGCAGCAAAUACAGCAGCAGCAGCAGCAGCAGCAGCAGCUGGAGGUGCAGCAGGACUACCACUGCUCGGAGCACCGCCACUCCGUCCCAGCUCUCUAUUAUGAAGGGUCCCACCAGGGCUCCCCUGCCCAGAGAGUUUCCUUCCUUAAGCCUCUGACACGUUCCCGCAGGGACGCAGCUUCUUACUCCCAGCUUUCACCGGCUCGCCACCAUUCCAGUUACUCUGGCUAUUCCUCGAGCCCAGAGUACUCCUCAGAGAGCUCACUGCGGAUCUGGGAGCGUUUUCGUCCCUACCGGAAAGGCCAGCGUGACGAGGCCUGUUAUGUGACGGCUGGAAAUGCCCUUCGAAAAAAGGUGCAGUUUGCUAAAGGCGAGGACCUGCAUGACAUCCUUGAUUACUGGAAGGGUGUGUCGGCGCAGCAGAAGCUGUGAUCGGGGACCAGAGUGAAGCGUUGUUGGAAAAAGAGUUAAGAUACUUCUUUUCCUGAUCGGCCCGUGGGCCAGAGAAACCAUUUGAAGUUCAUGGGGAGAAAAAUGUAGGACAAAAUUUUGCCUUUGGGUUUGUGUUAUUUUUUGGCAUGCUAGGUGUAUAGAAUAUUGUGCUACGAGCAAGGACUGUGAAACUGUGCCUGGAAUCUGAGAGUCAUUGCAGUGUUUUGUUUUACACUUCAUUGUAGCACCUUUUCUGGAUCAUUCUUUUUUUAGUGGGUACAGAUUUAAUUUUUAUUACAGGGAGCAAAUGCCAACUGUGUGAUUUUCUUUGGGUGGUCACAUUUGGUGAUCCAGUGGACCAUCUUUACCAGUGCCAUGUUCUGAUCUGUGUCCAGUCACAGAGGAUAAAUGCUGAUAUCCUUCAUUUUAGGCUUGUGCAAUCCCAGACUUUUCCUGUUUCGCAUCGGGUGCUGCAUCAGUUGGCAGCAUCGGAUAUGCUUAGACUUCUGUGAUGGGGUGGGAUCUGUGAUCUGUGCUCUGUUCAAACUAACAACAUGCGGAUUAGCGAACAGAGUUGUCAAAUGCAGGCGCUGUCUCUCUUCUCUGAGAUCCCUCUUUGGGCUGAGAUUUUUGCAUUUCCAAGGCAUCUGUCACACAAGAAGAAAGGGAUGAUAGAAUAAAGGAAUAAAAGAAAUGAACACAUGAGCUUGGAGAGAAUAGUGAAGUGGGCAUGAAGGAAAUAAUGAAAGAGAGAUUAAAGUGGAGCCUCUGCUUAAAGCGGAGAUUGCUAUCGAGGUGUUGAAUAAGAAACAAGAAACACUCUUGCAUGGUUUUGAAGAAUGAAGUGAUUAAAGAAUGUUCCCCUUCAGAUGCACCAAACUAUUUGAAACCGAAUUUGCCUGAUUAAAUGGUCAGAAGUAUGGUCUGAGUUUGAAGCAUUAAAGAGGACGGGUUAAAAAAUGUGGUAGUAAAGGCUGUAAAGUUGUGAGAUGCGACAGAUUAUUUUUCCCUUUCUUUCUUUUUAGUGGCAUGCAUCCAUUUCAUGUCAAGUAAGUCUUGAAUAUCUUCCUUUUUGUGCAUAAAAACAGCAACAAAGUUCACAUUAGGAGAGUGGUAAUGAAGUUAACUCAACACAGAUGUACUUCCGUUUAUGCUACAAAACCAUCUGAUUAGUUUGAGGAUCAGAUCAUGGUGUGGGUUAGAACCCACCGCUGUUGUUUUCUAGGUUACUAGAAUACUAGUCCUGCCACAAGAAUAACCCUGAAGCAUCUCACAGUUUUACAACUUCCAGGGCUGACGUAGCCGGCGACAGGGCUGGGUAAGCUCACACAAUCUCCUUACAAAAAGCCACAAGAGACGUGACCCAUAUGUGAAAGAGACCAAGAGAAAUUGAAAGCACGAGGGGGGCGUGAGAGGGGAAAAAAGCGAUCAAGAGGUCAAUCGUGGAUACAAAUAAUUUUCAGCAGCCACAGAGAAUGUAAGUAGAUUACAAGCAGGUUACGGGGAAAUCUAUUUUCAUCGUUCAGCGUGAGCACCGCGGUACAUUCCAAAUCCUUCCUCUGACAUUAAAAGUGAGCGGGGCACAGAGGGAAAGGACACUUCUGAUUACUGCCAAUGUGUCUGUUCUGUUCUGGAAAUUAUUGCUGUUGUCGUCUAUAAUUGAUAACUCAAUUAACCAACGUGUGACAGGCAUGUCUGCUUGCACUUUCUGCCUCAUGGUUGUGUGUGUGGUGCACAGUGGUCCUUGUCAGCGGGUGUCGGCAUGCCUUGUCAGAUUAUACUGUAUAUGCCCAAACUAACUUCAAUUAAUAUUUGUCAAUAUUUUGCCCAGUGGCUGGUUGUCUGAACAAUACUAGACUAUUAAUGGCAUGUACAGAUGUCAAACAUGUUCACUGUGUUUUCUUCAGAUGACUGUCCUUCUCGCUAACGAAGCCGUCACCUGAUCUCUGUUCAUGCAUACGAUUAUUUGGCCUUUUCUUGCCUCUUUCUAUUGAGAUGAUGCUCCUAAAUGAGAGGCUACACCCUGACAUCCUGCUUACCUAAAGCACUGCGUAACGGCUAAAGUUUUGUCACAAUCAGAGACAUCCUCCCUUAAAAAUGUGAAUUAAUGCUCCUAGAAUUUUGUUUUUGUUCAACUUUAAGGUCAGGAGCUUUUUUAUUAUUAUUGUUCCUGUUUAGAUCUUCACUUUUAUACUGCCCGUAACACCCAUUAGCUCCUCCCUGCUCCCACAGCUCCGGUGGGAUAUAUCGUGUGUUCCAAACACGCCCGGCUGUGUUUCAUUAAGUUUGAAAUUGUGUUCCUUGCAGGCAGGACUUGAGUGUGUACAGCACAUAUCAACACUGCUUUUGUGUUUUUUUGUAUUUUUAGCAUGUGAUUGAUUCUGCAGGGUGAAUGAUAUGCAAAAGUCCGUUCAUGUAUCUCCACGCUGAUCCGUGUAAAUCUCGCUGUUUGUUUCCAUCCAACUCUCCCUGUUUUAUUGACAUGUGUGGAUAUCUGUGGGUCCACAUGAGAUCGAGGUUUCUGAGACGCACCGCCUCAUCCGCCUUCUUUCUGUGAUAAAGCACCGUGUGGUGAACAUACAGGACAGUCCUGGAGUUUCUUUGUUUUUUUAGUCUCCUGCUUAUCUCCUGUUAUCUGAAGUUUCCAAAGGAACAUGUUACUGUGACUGACUUUCACCAAAACAGAGCGAAGGAUUUACUUUUCUUUGUGUUUUUGCUCUCAGACUAAUCUAAUGCCGCAGAAGGAACUCGAUGCGUUUAACUCCCCAGAUCCACAACUGCCAUAACGAGUUUACAGAACAGGACGCUGAGGAAAAGGAAACGUUGAGGAGCACCAGGACGCUCAUCAUUUCAGCUGCCAUUUCCAUCUACCUGACAAAAUACAAUGUGACAGCAAAUACGGUGUUUUACUCUUUCCAUGGAUGGACUCUUAAUUUCUUACAUUUUCUAUUUUAGUUAACAUGUUUAACACAUCAGUGUGUUUUUCAGGUAAUAGAUUUUCAGGUGACAGAUUUUCAAGUGCUGCUCUGCUCAGAUCUGAUUCAGUUUCAACGUCGGUGUGAGAACAUUUUUACUGAUUUCUAAGAAUAUUUCACAGCAAAUGAGCUCCGUUGCUGAAUUUGGAGAGGAUAUUGUGUUUGGAGCCGCUGCCAGCAGAAAUACGAGGGUCAUGCAAAAUGGAAAUGAAAGCCAGAUUAAACAACAAUUAAAUCUGAUGAGCCAAAACUGUCCGUCCUGUGAGCGAUUUUCAAUAAAAUCAGCUAAAAAUGUCAGCAAAGCAGUCCUCCAGUGUGGUCAGCGCUGCUCUCUGGAAUAAACCUCUGCUGAUUAUUAUCAUUUGCAAAGCCCUAUUUAGUGUUUUGUGAUAAACAAAUGUGUUAAUUGGCUUUGGCGCUUAAUUAAUAAUGAUAAAAAAAAUUACUUUUCUGUUCUGCUUACUGGAGAAUUGAGGAUGCAGCUCCAAUAAUCUAACAGUUAAAUGGAUUAAAAGACCACAGAUACUUCAGCGUUUCUGGUCCACAAAGACAGCAUCAAAUAAAUAAACUUUCUUUUUCCUUCCUCUCUGCCUGCAUCCUCAGUGAACCCCCGGAGGCUGGCUGGCUUGGAGAUGGAUGGUCCAUUUUGAAGCAGCAUCCUUGUUUGUCUGAGACCCACAGGAAGGCCAGACGUGAGAAAAACAUCUGAUGCACUAUUGAUGUUGAAUCCUUUUGUCGAGAGACCGGCUCGGGUUUCUUCUCCAGUCGUCUGUAAAACGCCACGAAAUCACAGACGUUUUGAGUUUCUAACGCUUUAACUGACGCGCUUUGAUGCGCUCCGUAUUUAAAGUCCGGCCAAAAUGAAAUUAAAUUCUGGUUUCUUGAAUUCGGGGAGUGGGUUGAAUCAGCAUCUAAAUGACUGCAGGGAAAAGUUUCCCACAACAUCGUACACUUUCAUCCAUGUUAUUGGUGUUAAAAGUAAAGUUAUUUCUGUAGAUACACAUCCACUGGAUACUAUGGGCUGUAAUUGUGAUUAGUGCAUUAUUUACUAAUUAAUAACAUUAGUCAGAAGGAUCACUCAGAACUGGAGGACAUUUGGGCUUCAAAAAUUUGAAAAAUAAACCUUCUCUUCUCCAGUGUUCUGCUCCAUAUUCAUCAAUAAUAGGUAUUGAUUGGUUCAGCUUCCACAUCAAUGGUAGCAUUUUUAUUCCAUGUUUUCUGUGCUGUUUGCUAACCCUACUCUAAUCACAGUAACAGGGUUGCUAAUCCAUGCUAAUGUGAUCUUUUUCUCAGCAGUAGAAGCUAGAUAUUUAGCUAGCUGUUACUGCUGACCAAGAGGACAAACUGACUGAUGGGAAACAGUCCAAAGAAUGAGUCUGAUCCUGAUAAUAUGAGGUAGAGAGAGACAUUCAAUCAAGACUGACAAUGGAUGAAAAGAUGGAAAAUAGAAGAGAGGACAUAGCUUUGCUCUACACAUUCUGUAGGAACACUGUUGGAGGAUGGAAACAACAAAAACAAAACAUAAACAACAGAAAUGAGACACAAAAUGGCAAAAACAUCAUCAACAGUUUUUUCUAACAUGUUGUUGGACACAUUCCAUGUAUAAUAAUCAUUAUUUAAAAUAUUAAUUAAAAAAAAUGUUCCCACAAUUACAAGAGACUUGAAUGAAAAAAAAAAUAUGUCAAAAAAAGGAGAUUUAAAUUUAAUUUGAACUGUUUUAUUAGAGAUCCAGUUUGGUCAUCAGGGGGGUGGGACAAGAGAAAAAUGACAUUUUAGGGGGAACUUAUUUGAUAUUUUAAAAUAUCUUCAAACAUUCUUUUCCUCCUAGUUUUUAUAGAUCUGGUCUCAAGACAAGAACAUUUACACAACUACUGCAUGUUUUAGUGUUUUCUACAGGGAUUAUUUUAAAUUUGAAGGGUAGGACGUAGAAUGUCCUCCACUUCUGAAUUGACUCAUAACCUAAAAUACAGAAUGAUUAUUAAUCCAAAAGCAGCAGCAAACCAAACACGUUUUCAGCUUGUUUUUCACUCCCUAAGCCCCUCCUCUCACCACAUCACACACACACAACAACAGUAGAAGGCAAAAAUGGAGCAUAAAAAUGUGAGUCAGAGUGAUUCACGGGCUGACGAAACCAAAAUGAGUCUUUUCCUGAAAGGCAGGUAAACGGGAAGGUCUGCAGAGAGGAGGACGAUGAGGAGGGACUUUAGCUGAACGCAGGCGGGAAUGAAUCAGCUUCACAUGAGCCGUGACACAAACACACACUCCUGCACAACAGAAGCACAUUACAACACUUAUUACUGAACUUAUUACCAAUUCAGAAUUUCUUGCGACUGUUUAAAAGCCUGGAGGAAGGCAGCUUCGUUUCCACUUAGCUUGGCGGCAGGUGACAGGCAGGUAUUAGCGCUGACAGACAGUGGGCUGCAAAUCCUUUCAUUUGGUGUCUUUGGACCUUUUGUCUAACAGUCUAUUAAGUCCAUUAGCUAACUGUGUGGGAGAUUAGCUCGUGUUUGAUUAAUGAAAACUAUCCUGUGUGUCUCCUCAUGAAAACCACACAAGGGCUGAUGUGAUGAAAUUAAAUGCAUGCCAUUUUUGGUGUCACUCUAAUGUGAACGUGUAUUUAUCUAAAUAAUGAAGAAGGAAGCCGGUGGAGAUAAAUGAAAUGACGGAUUUCUUGGCUCAGACGUUGCCAGGGCUUCCCUUCUGACUGCCAAGCAAUUGUAAAAACAGAUAAAUGUUAAAAGCAUCCACUGACAGCUGAAAGUCUUUGUGAGUUUGUGAGCAGAAGAGCAUUUGAAAAUCCUGCAGGUGAAGCCACAGUGGGCUGAGGUUUGCCACCUGAUUGGACCCAGUUUCCAAAGAGGGACAAAGGACUUAAAGAAUCUGUGAAAUAUCUGUGAAUUUUGUAUACUAGAUAAAUGAAAAAAGAAAAAAACACUAAGGUUAAAACGCUUCUAUGGAUGUUUUAUACUCAGCCUGAUCUCUUGAUAUGUCUGUGUGUUUCUCUACUUUCAGUUGGUCGUUUGUCUUUGUUUCUUUCGUUCGGGGUUCUUUUGGAGGGGAGGGAAUCACGGGACGACUUUUAGUACUUGCAACGAUAAAUGUUAUAAAGGUUUAAGAGCAGAGAAAGCUUAACAUAGUGUACUACAUAAAAGAGAAGUUGUUAUAUUUGCAUGAUUCCCUGUAUUUUUUGAGAGACAAAAUAUAUUGUUGUGUACAAUGAGUGGACGUACGUUGAAAACAAAAACUGUAGGGGCUGAAUACAGUGUUGUCUUUGAUUUGAACAUCUAGGUUUUAGCCGUUUUUUUUUACUCUCGGUGAUGUUUAAUCUUUACAUUCUUGCCUACUGGUUUUCAUUUGGGUGAUUGUAUUAUAAACUGCAGUGAUGCUGCUCUGGAGGGCGUAGAGACGUUUAAAGCUGCCGAUUGUUUACAUCCAUCUACACUUUAUUCUGCAUUAGAGACAUGGAAAAGCUACCUUCCUACAUCAGUUUCUUUUUUUCUGAUUAAAAUAAAUUAAAAUCUAAUUUUUUCUCAGAAUGCUGGAGUGAUGCGGGCCCACACACAGCAGACAUCUAAUGGUCUUAAUCUCAGUCCAUCAGUUAGGAGUCAAAUGAAUGCAGCAUCAGCAGCCUCUCCCUGAGCCUCGGCCCACUCGCUGUUAGCUAAAUGAACGAUUUUCAUUCCUCCUCCGUUGUUCUCUGAUCCUGCUGGCUUUCCAUCCAACUAGUUAAUUGAAUUUACCUUCUAUAAAUCAGUCUUUUAUUACAACACUAGUUCAUCCAUAACUUUUUCCGUGCAUGGAAAGGAGAAAGAAAAGGGAAAAAGUGCGCCACUGCAGAGGCUGAAACUGAAACGGACAUCUUUGUUUCGAUUUCGGGUGUAAAGCGCCUCACUGACGAUGAAUUUAAGCGUUAGUCCCACCACUCAGACUUAGCUCCGUCUCUAUAGCAUGUUAGUAAGACCUGCUGCCGCCCUGUUGGUGCAUUAGUGAGCGCAUUCAUGCACUGACAGCGUGCCAUAAGUCAUAACCAUGUUUACUUUCUGCACUGAUAAUACUGAGACCCUCCAGCUGAGAUAUUUAUGGCCUAUUCCAUGGCCCAGCCGCUGCCAGAAACCCUAAGAGGCAUCCCUUGUCAAUUACAAAGAGAAAAUGAAAUGCAUUAACCUCUGGGCUAAGUCUGCUCUGUGCCGUAUCAGGCUGCAAAUGUGCAGAGUUAUGUUUUAAUUGGGUAAAACUGCACCGCAAUCAGAUGAGGCGGCUGUUAUUUAUGGGUUCUGGGGCCUCAUCCGUAACUCAGAGCUCUCGUUGCUCCAACCCCAGGUCCGGAGCGCUGAAACUCACUAAGAGGUCUCAUCGCGAUGAGACCAGCUGCCUUUCGGUGUCAGGAGCCCAUAAUUCUGAUCAGUGCUAAUGUUUCUGCGCUCACAGCUAGAAAGCCAUUGCUAUUCCGAACACACAGGCCGGCGCCGCGCUGCUCCAGAGGCAGAAUGAUUGGCCUUGUCAGUGCCAGAGAUUGAAAACUUAGCGGCUUCCAAAAAUGGCUGUCAGAGCAGAGAGAGAUGGCCGAGGAGAAGCUCCGUCCUCGGCUGCUGGAGGAAAUUAAAUGUCUGCAGACUGAUCUGCUUAGAAGCUAAUGGUGUCUCGGCCUCGCAGCGGCAAAAGCAUUCAGCGUUAACGUUCGCCUGGAGGUCUGCAUGAUGCACAAACAUGAUGCAGAAAGUUAGGAGAAGUGAUUCAGCUUCUGCUUUGAUUCUUUACAUCCUAAAAACACAACUUAACACAGCUCAGUGCUGAAAAGAGUCCAAUGCAGAUUCAUGAAACACGGUGUUAAGACUUUAUUUUCACUUUGUUAAUUAGUUUUUUAUCCCUUUUAAAAGCAAUUUUUUUCACUCAUUUUUCCAGGAAAUGCAGAUUUUACAGGUUGUACCAGCUGAAUAUACAUAUAAAUAGCAUGAACAGCCCCUAAAAAUAGCAGUAUCUGUGAUCACAACUGUGUAAUAUACAAUAGUAUUACUGCAGUGCUCAGGCACAGCUGCCAUCUGUGUGACUCCAAAGCAGUUUCUCACAACAUCACCAUGUCAUUUCCGUUAGAUCUGAACAUGUAUGUAACGUUUGUGUUGAUUUAUGGCUCUUGCCCAGUCGACGGUAUCAGGAGGUCUUUAGGUUUUUAAAGGCAAGAGAAAGGAAGGGCCAUCGUUGUAUUAAUUAGACUCCUGUAGGUGUUAAUUCUAUUCAAAUCUAAUGCGACUCUCCCCUCUGGUUUAACGUUCAGAGACCAAAAGGGAAAGACAAAACAAAGGUUUGGAUUUACGGGAACAAAUCUUGGCUUUCUGUUUUCUUUAAUUCUUUGUUGCUGAUAAUGACAUUUUCCCUUUGCAAUUUCUGUACAAAAGAUCUAUUUAUAUAUUUGCAAUAAAUUUGUAAUUAAAAAUGAAA